GCGCGCACACAAACGAGGGGCUCCUGUGGAUCCACGGCGCCUCCAAGCGGACACUGAGGUGCACUUGGGUGCGCGUACGGGAGGAGGGAUCACACAGCUUGUUGCUGGGGCUGGACCGGGACGGGAGAGCGAGCGGACGGCUCUUCUGUGGAAAGUUAACGCGCAUCCAGGGGCUUGAUUUCCCGUCUUCUUCUCCCGCACUUCCCUUUUCUUCUCUUCCCUUCCUACUGAGAUGCGGAGGUGAUCUGCAGGGGAGUCGGCGAGCUGGUCACAAAGUUUUUAAAGUUGCUGGGAAGAGUUCGGACAGGAGAGGAGGGAGAUGCUGCGGUUAGAGGUCGUCGCGCUGUGCCUCCUUUAUGGAGCGCUGACUCAAGCCCAAGUCCGCCAGUGUGACAAGAGCCGUGAUUGUCCCAUAGACGUGUACUUCACCAUCGACACAUCGGAGACCAUCGCCCUGCAGGAGCCGCCCCCCGGCUCGCUGGUGGAGAGCAUCAAGGAGUUCACGCAGCGUUUUGUGGAGCGUUUAGAAGAUGCUGAGUACAGAGGCCUCGUCCAGAUGCGCUGGAACAUCGGUGGGCUGCACUUCUCUCAGAGACAGGAGGUGUUCAGCCGCAUCGGACCCAAGGACCCCUUCAUCACUGGUCUCAAGGGAAUCCGUUACCUGGGUAAAGGCACCUACAUCGACUGUGCCCUCACCAAGAUGACCGAGGUGAUGCGGGACACUCCCUCAGACCCCAGAGCCCUCCGGUUUGCUGUGGUCAUCACCGACGGUCACGUGACAGGGAACCCAUGCGGCGGCAUCAAGGUGGCAGCGGAGAAGGCGCGUGACGAGGGCAUCCGGGUGUUCGUGGUGGCGGCAUCGAGGAACGUCGACGAGACGGGACUGAGGGAGAUUGCCAACUCUCCAGCGACGGUGUUCAGGAGGGAUUUCAUGGCUGUGGACCUCAGCCAGGGCAGAGCCGUCAUACAGACCGACACCAUCGACCGCAUCAUUAAAACCAUGGCCCACAUGGCUUAUGUCGAGUGCUACAAAGUGUCCUGCCUGGAGACACCGGGGCCUCCUGGUCCAAAAGGCCACAGGGGACAAAAAGGAGCUAAAGGAGACAACGGAGACCCAGGGCUGAAAGGAGAGAGGGGUCGCCCAGGAGACCCCGGUAUUGAGGGUCCCAUCGGUCAGCCUGGUAUCAAAGGAGAGCCAGGUCUUAGAGGCGACAAGGGAGAGAUUGGAGCUGAGGGCAAGAAGGGUGUGGCCGGUCUGCCAGGACGCAACGGGACAGACGGACAGAAGGGUAAAAUUGGACGGAUUGGCGCUCCAGGCUGCAAAGGAGAUCCAGGCGACAGAGGUCCUGACGGUCACCCUGGAGAUGUAGGUGACACUGGUCUUCUUGGCGAUGAUGGAGAGAAGGGAGAUCCCGGUCGCCCAGGAAGAUCAGGUCCACCUGGCCCACCUGGAGAUGCUGGACCCAAGGGAGAGAGGGGAAGCCCUGGCGUUCCUGGGAUGCCUGGAGAGAAAGGAAACUCAGGAACCGGUGGAGCCCCGGGAUCCAAAGGAGAGCCGGGGAGAAGAGGAGACUUUGGGCCUAAGGGUGCUCAAGGACCAGACGGAGUCAAAGGAGAGAAGGGUGAGAUGGGACCAGAGGGCUUGAGAGGACUUCCAGGUGAAAUGGGAAGCAAGGGAACGAAGGGAGACAACGGCCUGCCAGGACCCAGAGGACCACCGGGCACAGCAGGAGAGCCUGGGAGAAAUGGCACCCGAGGCGACCCCGGCGAUGCUGGACCAAGAGGCGAUCCUGGACAGUCUGGGCCAAAGGGAGACCCCGGAAGACCUGGCUUCAGUUAUCCUGGACCAAGAGGAGCCUCGGGUGAAAGAGGAGAGAAAGGCAACCGUGGCCCUCGUGGCAGCAGGGGCGACUGCGGCCAAAAGGGAGAGCCUGGAGACAAUGGAAAGCCAGGAGAGCCGGGUGAGCCGGGGCCUCAAGGAGAACCUGGCCAGCGAGGACCGAGAGGAGAUCUCGGACGUGAUGGAGAUCCUGGUCCCGAAGGAGAUCCCGGUCUCACUGAAUGUGACGUCAUGAACUACAUCAGGGAGACGUGCGGCUGCUGCGACUGCGAGAAGCGGUGCGGACCCCUGGACAUCGUGUUUGUGAUUGACAGCUCGGAGUCGGUGGGUCUGACCAACUUCACUCUGGAGAAGAACUUUGUCAUCAACACCAUCAACAGACUGGGAUCCAUGGCCAAAGAUCCCAACUCCGAUACAGGUACAAGAGUGGGCGUCGUCCAGUACAGCCACAACGGAACCUUCCAGGCCAUCCGCCUCAACGACCCCAAGAUCGACUCCCUGUCCACCUUCAAGGAUGCGGUGAAGCGUUUGGAGUGGAUCGCUGGAGGAACAUGGACCCCGUCUGCGCUGAAGUACGCCUACGACAACCUGAUCAGGGACAGCCGCAGGGCCAGGGCCAACGUCACGGUGGUCGUCAUCACCGACGGUCGCUUCGACCCCAGAGAUGAUGACUCGCUGCUCACCUACCUCUGCAGUGACCCCAGUGUGGAUGUGAGUGCCAUUGGUAUUGGGGACAUGUUUGACCAGAUUGAGGAAAACGAGAGUCUGAAGAGCAUCGCCUGCCAGAGGGACGGCAGGGUGCUGGGCAUGAGGCGCUUCGCCGACCUGGUGGCCGAGGAGUUCAUCGAUAAGAUCGAGACCGUGCUCUGCCCAGAUCCUAUAAUCGUGUGCCCUGAUCUCCCAUGUAAAUCAGGAGGGGGCGUCACUGCGGGCCAAUCCCCUCCCCCCUGGAAGCCACUGGCCGAGGAAGGCAGCCCCUCAUUGGUCCCCACCUCUUUGGAGGAUGUGGCCAACCUGCUGAGUGGCCUGAGCGAGCAGCAGUAUGGGGUUGGCGUGGCAACCAUGGCGUACACCGCCCAGAGAGCCAAACUCACCCAGGGAGCGGACAGGCAGCAGUGGACCCAGCUGUUCAUCGAGUCCUUCAAAUACGUCUAUGGAGACAUAAUGGGGGACCCAGAGAAAGCCAUGGGACUCUGCUGAAUGCUAAUAUGUUAACCAUGCUACCUCGCCUCUAGAUUCUUUAGGGAUGCCAAUAUCUAAUAAGCUUACUGCUGGACAUAAAAUAGACAUCAUUACAACUGGGCACUUUUUUAUGUCUGACUGUAGAAAAUUCACUCUGGGCUGAUGCAAUAGAAAAGCAUGAUAUAAAAGCUGGCCCUGUUAUAAAAAGCUUUCAGAGCAACCUUACUAAAAGUUAUGUGCUGAGCCAAAACGAGGAUUCACAAAAGGUUGUAUCCGAAUUAACGAGACACACAGUGCUCUCUCAGAAAACUAUGCCCGUUCUCCAAUAUGAUACAUAUCAUCCCUUCCACCUCGGGGAGGAAAGUUUUCCGUUCUGAUGGAAAACAGAUGUCAUCCAACCGUUGGACGUAGAACCGUCUAUAGAGCCAUUCAUGGAGCUCUGUGUACAGUGGCUCAAUGCUGAAGCCUCGUUUCCACUGUGAACCACUAACCCUAACGCUGAUUCACUCCGAUUACAUUGUUUUGCCGUUUUGCACAUAUCCAUGGUUACAGCCGUUACUUUACUUCCUGUGUUCUGUGAAUUACUAAUUUUGGUAUGAGAAGGCCUUUAUAUGUGGUGGACAUUUGUGUUUUAUGAAUGUCAUCGUGCGCUGUAUAUGAGUCAGAGGCUGGUGUACGUUGAUGUUCGCUUAAUUGCCUCGGCACUGAGAAUGAAGGACUUGUUGUAUAUUGUAGUAAUGUCAUUUUGAAAGAGAGUUUUAUAACACCAGCUAAAUGUGGCCUUGAUUGGUGCAUGUUUUGCAUGUAGCUUGGCUUGUAGAGUGGGCUGACAUGAUGUUUUGUGGGGAAAAUGACUACCGCAGCGCGGGUUCCCAGAGAAUAUGUUACUGUA